AUCGAGGCUAUUUACGAGCGAUCGUCUUCACUUAGCGCUCCCGCAGUUAAGGAUUUUGUUUCGCAGCUCUGUCAUGUUUCAAACCUAGAGAUUUCUUUCCAUCACACUCAACCAAACAUCUACAAUUUACAGAAGCUGGUGGAGGUAACUCACUACAAUAUGGACAAGCGACCCAGACUAAUAUUUGCCGAGCUUUGGGUAACAGUGGCGGAUCACCUGACCGCGACUGCACUUCAUUCAAAUCCCGCUUUAGCAAUGUAUGCGGUUGAUUCUUUCCGACAGCUCAGUAUACAAUAUCUAAAACGAGAUGAGCUGGAGGUAUUUGAAUUUCAAAAGCGAUUCCUAAAGCCUCUGGAGACUGUUAUG